AUGUUGAUUACACAAAAAAUAGAUACUCCUGAAUAUCGAGCUUUAUUAACGCCAUCUUUAUUGAAGUUAGCCAAAUUAUUUAAAGCUAAUCAAUAUGAAUUACGUGUGGCCGGUGGUGCCGUAAGAGAUAUUUUAUUGGGCAUCAUUCCACAUGAUUUUGAUUUUGCUACAACAGCAACACCCGAACAAGUUAAAGAUAUGUUCACAAAAGCGAAUGUAAGGAUGAUCAAUACGAAUGGUGAAAAACAUGGAACAAUAACAGCACGAAUUGAUGAUAUCGAAAAUUUCGAAAUAACAACAUUAAGAAUUGACGUUACUACUGAUGGACGACAUGCCGUUGUUGAAUAUACACAAGAUUGGCAAUUAGAUGCUAAUCGACGAGAUUUGACUAUAAAUGCACUUUUUCUUGAUUUCGAAGGAACAGUCUAUGAUUAUUUUCAUGGAAUUGAUGAUCUUAAACAUCGUCGGAUUCGUUUUGUUGGCGAUGCUAUUCAAAGGAUUCGUGAAGAUUAUCUUCGUAUUCUUAGAUAUUUUCGAUUCUUUGGACGUUUUGCACAUGAGAAUGCUGUACAUGACGAAGACUCAUUAAGAGCAAUCAAAUGUAAUGCUGGUGGUUUACAAAAUAUUGCUGGUGAACGACUUUGGAUGGAAUUGAAACGUAUCGCCGAAGGUAGAAAUGGUGGUCCGGUAUUAAAAACUAUGCUUGAACAAAAUAUUGGGCAAUAUCUUGGUAUUCCAUCUGAUGCUGAUCUUAAUCAAUUUGAAGAUCAUUGGCAACAAUGUUAUCAAGCUAAUCCACAUGCAAUGACGAUAUUAACAAAACUUUUUCGUGAUUCAAAUGAAAUAGGAAAAUUCGAACAACGUAUGAAAUACUCCAAUGAUUGCCGUCGAAUAUCUCAAUUAAUCAUCAAUAAUCGUGAUUCAAUAUCGAUUCUUGAUUCGUCAUCGGUAGAUCCAUCGAAACCGUACAAAGAUUUACUGGUCGAUAUGGCUAUACAAGAUCCAACAGCAAAAGAAAAAAUAGUCGAACUACUUAAAUAUCAACAUUAUUUAGCUGAAGCUCAACAGUUAUCUGAUUGGAUACUACCACGUUUUCCUGUUUCAGGUGAAAGCCUUGCAUCGAAGGGUGUUGAACGUGGACCAAAUUAUAAAAUAAUACUUGAUCAACUUCGAGAACUAUGGAAAAAAUCACAUUUUCAAGCUACAGAAGAUCAAUUAAUUAAUGAAGAUCUACCCAAUGUAUUAGUCAAUUUAAUUACUACAAAUGGAGCAUCAUCGACAACUACAAAAAAACACACUGGCACAAAUUCAUCAAUAUCUUCUCAUCCGAAAAAAUCCAAGCAAACUUAG